CUACCGAGAGCAGUAGGCACCCAGACCCUGAGUGGAGCAGGAAUACUGAAGAUGUUCAACAAAGCUACGGAUGCCGUCAGUAAAAUGACCAUCAAGAUGAAUGAAUCGGACAUAUGGUUCGAGGAGAAGCUGCAGGAGGUGGAGUGUGAGGACCAGCGGCUACGGAAGCUGCACGCCGUCGUUGAAAUGCUAGUGAACCACCGGAAAGAGCUGGCGUUGAACACAGCCCAGUUCGCAAAGAGCCUGGCCAUGCUGGGGAGCUCGGAGGACAACACGGCCCUGUCCCGGGCGCUGUCCCAGCUGGCAGAGGUGGAAGAGAAGAUCGAGCAGCUGCACCAGGAGCAGGCGAACAAUGACUUCUUCCUCCUGGCUGAGCUCCUGGGAGACUACAUCCGCCUCCUGUCAGUUGUAAGGGGAGCCUUCGACCAGCGCAUGAAGACCUGGCAGCGGUGGCAGGAUGCCCAGACCAUGCUGCAGAAGAAGAGGGAGAUGGAGGCCAGGCUGCUCUGGGCCAACAAGCCCGACAAGCUGCAGCAGGCCAAAGAGGAGAUCUCGGAGUGGGAGUCACGCGUGACGCAGUACGAGAGGGACUUUGAGCGGAUUUCUGCCGUCAUCCGCAAGGAAGUGAUACGGUUUGAGAAAGAGAAAUCGAAGGACUUCAGGAACCACGUCACUAAAUACCUGGAGACAUUGCUGAACUCGCAGCAGCAGCUGGUGAAGUACUGGGAAGCGUUCCUACCCGAAGCCAAGGCCAUUUCUUAAUUGGAUGGAGCAAACGAGUGUACCUGAACUUUGCCUUUUUUUUUUUCUUUUUAUAUAUACACUAUACCUCUUCCUCUUUUACAUGUGAACAAACCACUCGGGAGCUGGUAGAGGUUUAACACCCCCAGACAAGCAGCUUUGCAAGCUAGUAACUCUUCUAACUGUAUAUUUUUCAUUUAGCAACAUAUAUUUUCUUACUGAAGAGAAACUAGUUUCCUGCUUUGAGACCAGACCUGCAGCAGGGGGUUAACAAUCUCUGUAAAAUGUAUAUUUUUCAGGCUGGGUUUUAGGGCUCUAACAACUAUCUUCCUCUUGCAGUGCCAUUAAAGUUCUGUAAUAAAAACUUCUAUCAGGGCAAA